AUGGCCCCCAGGCCAGGGGGCGAGUGGAGCUCCGCCCUGUCCCACCUGGCGCUGGGAGCAGUGUCUCUGCACGCAGCCCUGAGCACUGCCCAGGCAAAUCGAGGGGCCGCUGCUGGUUUCUUGCUCCAGGCCCUGGCCGCCGCCACCAUGCUGGCUUCAGGGCUGGGCACGGAUGAAGACUGUCUUGCUGGAACCUGGGUGGCCACUGUCAUUGGCCUGCCCCUUCUUGCCUUCGACUUCCACUGGGUGAAUGGGGACUGCUCCUCCGCCAACCUGCUUCUGGGAGGAGGCAUGGUGCUGGCAGUGGCUGGCGACCACCUUGGUGCUGAGGGCCGCUCUGUGGCUGGUCAGGCAGUGGUGCUUGUGGUUGCAGUGACUAUCCUCAUUGUGGCCGUUUUCACAACCAACUCUUAUGGAAUGUGGGGGGGUGUGAUGCUGGGUGCUGCAGGUCUUCUGAGCCGGCUGGAGGAGGACAGACUGCUGCUGCUGCUGCCAAAGGAGGACAUCUGUCGCUGGGCCCUGGCCGGGGGCAGCUGGGCCUACCACCGGGCCCUGCACACACAGCGCCUACAGUGGGAGUGA